AUGGUUUCUCCCUGAUUUCUCCUACCCAGCUUCUCAGUGGUUUCUUCCAGUCGCAGUGGUUUGCUCCGCCUCCCUCCCCCUCGGGCCUGCAGAGUGGUUCUUCCCGCUUCCCUCCCGGUGCUGCGGGACGGCGGCCGGGCCGGGACAUGCCUCGCAAGAGGCCGUUUAGCGCCAAGCAGAAGAAGAAGCAGCUGCAGGACAAGAGGGAGCGGAAACGGGGUCUGCCUGAUGGCGUGAGGUCGAGCUCCAAUAGCCGGAGUGGCAGCCAUGAGCGGCGGGAGGACCACACAGACACGUCGGACAGCGAGUCCCUGUCCCUGCAGGUCCGGAAACUCAACCAACAGCCAGCAGUCCGCAGGCUGGGGGAUCGCAGCUAUGACCCCAAUAGGUACCGGCUUCACUUUGAGCGCGAGAGCCGGGAGGAGCUGGAGCGGCGCAAGAAAGUGGCUCAGGAGAAGAUCCUGGAGCCUGUCCCAGAGAGCGAGAAGGAGCUGGACAUACAGGAUGUCUACAGAUCUGGCUCCGUGCUGGAUUUCCCCAAGCGCCCCCCCUGGAGCUACCAGAUGAGCAAGGAGCAGCUGCUGGUGCGGGAGGAAAAGUGUUUCCGGGACUAUCUGGAGGGAAUCUACAGCACCUACCAGCCCAGCCAGCUCAGCUACUUCGAGCAUAACCUGGAGACCUGGCGUCAGCUGUGGCGGGUGCUGGAGAUGUCAGACAUCAUCCUGCUGAUCACAGACAUCCGUCAUCCGGUCAUUAACUUCUCCCCUGCACUGUAUGACUUUGUGACCAAAGAGAUGAGGAAGAACCUGAUCCUGGUGCUGAACAAGAUUGACCUGGCGCCGCCGGCGCUGGUGGUGGCCUGGAAGCAUUACUUCCAAACCCACUUCCCCCAGGUGCACGUCGUCUGCUUCACCUCCUACCCCCAGCAAAGCCAGGAUCCCAGCACAGUGUUUAAGAAGCGGCGGAAGCGGAGGAAGGGCAGGAGCACGGCCAUGGGACCAGAGCAGCUGCUCCACGCUUGCGAGACCAUCACUGCAGGGAAAGUGGAUCUGAGCAGCUGGAAGGAGAAGAUCGAGCGGGACGCAGCCAGCACCCACCUGCCCGCCGAGGACUCGGACGAGGAGGAGGACGACGAAGGGACGGCUGUGCUGGUAGAACACCAGACUGACGUGGCCAUGGACGUCGGGGCUCCUUCCCAGGAGCUCUACAAGGACGGUGUUCUGACUGUGGGCUGUGUGGGGUUCCCCAAUGUGGGCAAAUCGUCGCUGAUGAACGGGCUGGUGGGGCGCAAAGUGGUGAGUGUGUCCCGGACGCCCGGCCACACCAAGUACUUCCAGACCUACUUCCUGACGCCCACCGUGCGCUUGUGCGACUGCCCCGGCCUCAUCUUCCCCUCCCUGGUGCACAGGGAGCUACAGAUCCUGUCUGGCAUCUACCCCAUCGCCCAGAUCCAGGAGCCCUACAACGCCGUGGGAUACCUGGCCAGCCGCAUCCCCAUCCAAGCCCUGCUCAAGCUGCGCCACCCCAAUGCCGAGGAGGGCAAGCCCGUGACCAGGUGGUGCGCCUGGGACAUCUGUGAAGCCUGGGCUGAGAAGCGCAGUUACAAGACGGCCAAAGUGGCUCGUAACGACGUGUACCGAGCUGCCAACAGCAUCCUGCGGCUGGCGGUGGAUGGGCGCCUCUGCCUCUGUAUGCGGCCUCCUGGCUACUCCACUCAGAAAGAGCAAGAUCCAACGGCUGGAAGUUGAUGCCAGACAGAUUCAGGGUGGAAAGACAUACGUUUUGAACAGCGAGGGGCAGUGGGGCAAUUUACCAAGAGCUGUGGUGGGUCACGGGCAGCUUUUAAAUCAACCUUGGAUGUUUUAAAAGGGCUGCUCUGGUUCACACGGCUUAAACCAGGGCCUGUGUUAUGCAGGAGAUCAGGCGAGAGGAUGUUGGCAUGAGAAUCCGUUAAUGAAGUUAGCGAGCAAUGAUUUUCCCCAAGGAAUAUUUUAGGAUCAGUUCAUAAAGUUGCUGAUGGCCCAUCAAUCGUUACUCAUUGCUAACGAGUCUCUGCUCCUUUGAAUUCAAAAUAAGUUUACGGAUGAUAAUCAGUAGUUAAGAGUGACUGCUUUCUUCGUUCUCACCACAGAAGCGUGCUGUAUAAAUAUGUUACAGUUCAGGUACUCACGUGUUAACAGUCAGUGUGUGUGCGCGCAUAUAGAAAAUCUAAGAGGUGUGAAAAUCAGAAUUACCAUUAUGCAGGAAAUUCUGAUAGUUCGCUUUUUUUUCUUUCUAUUGAAUCAGGUUGAAAAAUCAAAAUUUUUUUGCAGAUGGUUGUGGGGUCUAGUGGUUAC